AUGGUCUACUACUUUACAAGUAAUGUGACGUCGCCGUCGGCGUACAUCUACAUGGGCAAGGACAAGGAUCUGAUCGCUUAUGGCUUCGAAGAGGAUGUCUGGGUACGACUGAUCGGCAUGCGCACUGCCCACGUCUACGUGCGUCUCCCCGAUGGAGAGUCUUGGGAGGACAUUCCCAAGCCGCUCUUGGAAGACUGCGCCCAGCUGACCAAAGCCAACUCGAUCGAGGGCAACAAGAAGGACAACAUCACAAUCAUCUACACGCCAUGGUCAAACCUGAAGAAGGACGGUAGUAUGGCCACCGGCCAAGUCGGCUUCAAGGACCAGAAGAAGGUCAAGCGCGUCUAUGUCGCAAAGCGAGAGAACCCCAUCGUCAACCGCCUGAACAAGACCAAGGUGGAGAAGUUUCCGGACUUUAGACAAGAGAAAGACGACAGAGCCAAGGAGCUAAGAAAGAAGGAUCGCUCUGUUAUUGCUGCACAGGUCCGUUCACAAACGUCCACAGACAAAGAGGAGACACUGGCUUACAUGAUUGUCGACAGGNCAAAGGAGGAAGCUCGUAUUGCAAGAGAGAGAAGAGAGCUGGCACACCAAAGAGACCACGCAUACGACGACUGGAACUCCGAGGAGCAAGUCAUGGCUUCCAGCAACCAGAAUCGCGACUCGGACUGGGAAGACGAUUUCAUGUGA